AUGCAGCAAAGAUGGAUGAGUCGGACUCUCCAUUGCUUCAGACAUGGGCGGCUUGUUCAGCUAAAUCGCUAUAACACCUCGAAUUUCAGUUCGCCUAGACGCUUGCUCAAUGUGCAUUUGCGCAGCUUUCAUUGCUCUGAGCCACGAUGGCAGGACGACAGUGCGCCUCUUCGCAAGGAGCUGAAAGAUGCUGCAAAGGCGGCGAGGAAGGCUGCCGCAGCUGUGCCGCCUGAGAGUCCGGACAUCCUCCCUGACUGGGAAUUGACGGUGGGCAUUGAAAUCCAUGCUCAGCUCAAUGCGGCACGCAAGCUAUUUUCAACUGCAGAUACGUACCCAGCAUCGGAGCCAAACAGUCACAUAUCUGCAUUUGACAUAGCCUUGCCCGGCAGCCUGCCUGUGUUUCAGCCGGCCGUUGUUCUGCCAGCGCUUCGCGCAGCCAUCGCAUUGCAAUGCACGAUACUCACCAAAAGCACCUUCGAUCGCAAACAUUACUUCUACCACGACCAGCCUGCAGGCUAUCAGAUCACGCAGUAUUACACCCCUUUCGCUGUGCAAGGCCAUGUUGUCCUAACGUCCGAGGACGGUCUUGAGGAUGGCCGUGAAGUCGUGGUCAACAUCAAGCAAGUGCAACUGGAGCAAGAUACUGCUCGAAGUCAAGAAGAGGACAGCAGCACCACAUUGAUAGACUUCAAUCGCUGCGGUCAGGCCUUGAUCGAGAUCAUUUCGCUUCCGGAACUGCACUCCCCACGCGAAGCCGCCGCUUAUGUCCGCAAGGUCCAGUCAAUGCUGUAUGCUGUUGACGCAGUCACCACAGGUAUGGAACAAGGGGGGCUUCGAGCCGACGUCAACGUUUCUGUGCGCCGUCGGGAUGUGCUCGACGGAGGAUUUUCCUACGCGGGAAUCUCUGGUCUAGGGCAGCGGACGGAAAUCAAGAACCUGAGCACGUUCAAGGGCAUCGAGGACGCAAUCAAAGCCGAACGAGAUCGUCAGAUCAGCCUCAUUGAAAGCGGUGGAGUCGUGGAAGGGGAAACUCGUGGCUGGUCUAUUACCAAACCCCACGAGACUCGAAGACUGCGCGGAAAAGAGGGCGAAAUCGAUUACAGGUAUAUGCCAGAUGCAGACAUUCCGCCGCUCUACAUCGGCACCGACUUGAUCGGCUAUGUUCGACGAACUUUGCCCCCCUUACCCACCGAUCUGACCAAGAUGCUGGUCGACGACUACGGUCUCUCGCCCACCGACGCAAGGACGUUGGUGUUGCUCGACGAUGGUGAACGACUGAUCUACUUCCAAAGAGUCGUUGCAGAGUUGGCGAGCCUCGCGGCGCAUUCCGUGCCUCAAGCCGAACUCGGGAAAACGGCAGCGAACUGGGUGCUGCAUGAACUCGGAUCCCUGUUCUCGUCUGACGAACGGCCGUGGUCUAGCAAGGUUGUGCCGUUCGAUGCCAUGGCCGAGAUCGUACACCGGCUCCGAGAGAAGCAGAUCACCGGGGCCUCGGCGAAACUGAUUCUCAAGUUGGUCUUUAACGGGGACAGGCGCCCGGUCUCCCAGAUCGUGCGGCAGGAGGAGCUUGCCUUUUCGGAGAUGUCGGCCGACGAGUAUGAUACCAUUGCGAGGGAGAUCGUCGAGAAGUUUCCUCAGCAUGUCAAGGAUAUCGUGGAGAAAGGCAAGACCGGGAAGCUGCAGUUCCUCAUGGGACAGAUGAUGAGACAUCCGCGCAGAGGCGACAUGCGAGCGCCGGAUGUCGAGAAGGCUCUUCGCCAAGUUAUAUUCCAGGGGAAGCCAUGA